UAAAAUAUCUACAUUCAGGAUUCGAACAACUGAAACAAUAUUUCACUGUUUUGUGUAUAAGCGCUGAAAUUGUAUUUAGAAUCUAAUGCAAAUGUAGCAGUUUCCUUCUAGGAACAAUAUAUAAAUAUAAAUGAACGCCCCUUUCUGUUCAACGUAUGGUUAUAGACAGGUAAAUGUGUUCCUGGAGGAUGGAAACCAGUCGAAUUAGUUCAAGUUACAUCUGCUUCAAAUAAGAAUAGUGCACUGAUGAGAGCUGCGCGCUCACGCGAUGAGCGUCUCGACAGCGUGCGCGCUCUCGCUUAUUGUAGCAGGUUUCUAUGGUUACAGAGUCGUUGUACUCAACGUAGUUUUCUGUCGAUUUAAUUUCUUUAAAAAAAGAGCUUAACAGUUCACAAUGGAUUUCAGCAAACUCGAAGAAAUGAAUCUGACACGUGAUGAAAUAAAUCGUUUCGGUGAAGCUCUAAAAGACGAGAAGUUCCGCGAGUUACUGAACGAAUACGCGACCGAGAUCUCAGACCCCGAGAACAAGAGAAGAUACGAGGAGGAGAUCACACAGCUGGAGAAGGACAGAGGAACGAACGUGCAGUUCAUUCACCCCGAAGCUCAUCACGUGCUGAAGACCCGAGGAGCACGCGAGAAGCGCUUCAUCAAUAUCUGCUCCAAUCAGCUGAUCGAUAAACCCUCGUUUGAAGCGGGCCGAGACCGAGACGGGAAGACGGGCUUCCACUGGCGCUUACCGUUCAGUCUGACACCGGGCAGACCGGACCGAGACGCCUCCGGGAACAGCUGCGUGAUUCAUGACGUCAUCUUCCACCCAGACGCGCUGCACGCGGCGGAAAACAACAAGAGACUGAUGGAGCUGCUCCACAGAACCGCGAUCGGAGGCGUCGAGGACUCCUUCCACAUCAAGCUGGACAGAAGGAAUAUAAAGCAGCUGAAAAUGAAGUAUAAAGGUGUUCCUCAGGCGGCUGUGAUCCGCAGACCGAUUCCUGGCCACGAGCAGCAGCAGAGCACCAGAGACCUGGAGCAGACCCACACAGAACCAGAACCAGAACCAGAACCAGAACCCGAACCAGAACCCGAACCAGAACCCGAACCAGAACCCGAAGCCUCCUGUGCCGCUCCUCCAGAUCAUGAGGACUCCAGAUCUUCAUCAUCCAGUCAGCCUACUGAACCACAUUACACCGUAAAGUAUCGGUCCGUCGUCGAUCUGCAGGACUACAGGUGCUCCAGAGACUCGGGGCCCGGGGCCCGACCCACAGACAUCAUCAUCACUGUGUCUUUACCGCUGCUGAGAUCUGCGCAGGAUGCUGAGCUGCUCGUCCUGGAGCAACGGCUCGUCCUGCAGUCUCACAAACCAGCGUAUAAACUAGAUCUUCCGCUCUCCUAUCCUGUGGAUGAAGACAAAGGAGACGCCAAGUUCAACAAAACCAAGAAACAGCUGACCAUCACUCUUCCUGUUCAGCCAGUGAGGAGCACAGAAUUACAGCAGACCAGAUGUGAUGAGAUGAAGAGGAGCAAGGAGGAGGAGGAUCAGACCAGAUGUGAUGAGAUGAAGAGCGAGGAGGAAGAUCAGACCAGAUGUGAUGAGAUGAAGAGGAGCGAGGAGGAGGAGGAGGAUCAGAUCCCUCGCACAUCUAAUGAGGAGGUUCUGGAGACAGAAUUAAACUGCAGUAUUGUCAGUCCUUCAGCAGGUGAUACAGCCGGACUACAGCAAGAGCCUUUAGCAUGUCAGUUAAUCGAUUUAACGACAGAACCACAGACACCUGAUCAUUUACAGCUCAUCUGCUCUGUGGAAACAGACAAUGAAGAUGGAACCCACAUCAAUCGAGCGGUCGACUCACCAAAUACAGUAUGUGACUAUUAUAUAAAACAUUCAUGCAUGUGUAUUUAAUAUCAAGCCAUCAAAUUCACUAAUCAUCAGUUUGAAUCUGCUUUUAUCUAGUAAUGCAGUGGGUGUGAUAUAGUAUAGAGAUUACUAAUACUAAUGUGUAAUUGUUACUCUCUUUCCGCAGAAGUGU